AUUGUCAUCGUAUUUGCGUGUUUUCUUGAUGCGCAAGACUUGCCCACCGCUCGUUGUCAUUUUGCGGGUUCUUCUUCAACUGUAGUCGCGAUACUACAACAAUUUUUGUGGAAAUCGUUAUACAAUUCGUUUUGUCACCACCUCACCGAUAACAUAUCCAAUUUUUUAAUCAAUAAUCACCGUCGUUCUCUCUUUUUAAAGUUUACGAAUCCGGUUUCUCCUUUUCUGUAGUUGUUAUUAUUAUUAGAUUUUUUUAGUAGUGUAUUGCUUCAUUUUUCUGUAACUCGUUCAAGCCAUUGGAGGAAGUGUUUUUCUCCUAUAGUAGUUUUAUUUCAUCAAAUCAACCAUGUCUGAAGGCGAAGCCGGAACGGAUAGUGAAACUAGACCAAAGGGUGUUGAAGCUCUUAAACAACAUGUUAUUUCACAUAAAGUAGAAGUAUCUCUUUGGUGUACGCGAUUGGCUACAAUUGUUUUUACGUUUGCAUACAUUCUACCACUUUUCUGGAACCCAGCAAGUGCAUAUUAUAGAAUUUUAUUGGCAAAUGCAGCUACAAGUGCAUUGCGUCUCCACCAACGUUUGCCAGCCAUGCAAAUUUCUUUACAGUUCCUGACACAAUUAUUCAAAGAAGACAGCUGUCAUUACCUAUUGUAUUCGGUGAUAUUUUUAUAUGUGUCGCCUAAUAUCCUUGUAAUCCUGCCAGUAUUUUUAUUUUCAACUGUGCACUUUGCAAGCUAUUCCCUGACUUUACUUGAUCUUCUUGGUCAGAACGCAUGGUGGGGUGCUCGUCUAUUGAUAUCUUUGGUUGAGUUCCAAUCACGAAGUAUCUUGCGCCUCAUUGCCUUCUCUGAAAUCUUAGUUAUGCCACUCACAUUAUUCAUGUCAUUCUUCGGUCGCUCUGGAUUAUUGUCUAUUGUGUUCUACUAUCAUUUCCUUACAUUACGAUAUGCUUCACAGCGUAAUCCACACACAAGACUCAUGUUUUCUGACCUUCGUGUAGCAGCUGAAAAUUUUGCAAACAAAUCAGGCACACCAUCUUUUUUGCGAUCUGCUAUUUUAUCGGGUAUUGCUACCAUUAGUCGGAUGGCUCCCGCGGUGCCCCAAAAUUAAUAAUAUGUGAUUUAUUCAUUGUCAUUAUUAAUUAAUUUUUUUUAAGUGCAUGUUGGUGGAAUUUGUCUAACACAAUAUGUUUUAUUAGAUUUAGAGAUAUAGGAUGCCAGUUGGAUACACAUACCAAAUGUAUGAGAAAUAUUGCUUGAAUUUUUAUGUUUAUUUAUUAUUAUUGUUUUAUUUUAUUUGGUUCCGGUUCUUCAAUAUAAAAUAAAAUAAAUAUUCAAAUUGUAUUUUAGUAUAUACUAUUUAUAUUCAAUCAUUUGUGUUUAUAGUAUUUUAAUUGUGGUCUAAAGUAAUUCUUUGUUUUUAUUUUAAAUGUGUUUCACUUAAAGGUUUGAAUGUUUGCCUUUUUGUUUUAAAAAAAUACAUUUAAUAUUUAAACAAAUUUAAUUUGAAUUACUUAAGAAUAGGUUUAAUUGUAUGCAUGCAUAAAGACUAAAUAGUAUAUCCCUUUUAUAAAUUAAAAACUAACCAUAUUAAAUUUAAUCUAAUAUUUUUUCUUAAUUUUUAAGUGUUCUGUGAUUUAAGAAAAAAAAUUGUUUUUUUUUGUAUGAACAUAGUAUUAUAAUUUAUAAAUGGCUUAUGUACUCACCAAGUAAAUAAGAUCAUAUUAAUUUAUCUGCUAGAUUUUAAAAAAAAAUGCAUUUAAGUUUGACUGACUAGUACAAUUUUUAAUAUUGUUUUUAGAUAAAAAUCAAAAAAAUAAUUGAAUUUCUUGGAAUUUUCUACUCUAUUUACAAUAUUAUUCUACAAGGUAUAUUUAUAUUAUUGUCAUCCUUAAAAAUACCAGUUUAUAGUCUUAAAGGUAUGGUCCUAAAUUGUUUAACUCUUGUAUUUAAUUAAUCUAUUAAAAAAAUAUAUAUGAACUUAUACAUAUACCUACAACAUUGCCAAAUAUAACACAAACAAAUACUUACCCGGGUAAUGAAUUGUAUGUAUUGAAAUAUAAUUUUUGUUUAUUAAGUUAUUAUAUGUGUACACAGUAGGUAUCUAUGUGAUUAGAUACUUGAAUAUAUAAUAUUUUGUGUUAGAUGCAAUGUAAGGCAAUUAUUUUUAAGCACUUAAGUUUACUUUAUUUAUGUUUUAAACUCACAAACAGUAAUAAAUUAAAAUUAAUUUUAUAUAAAUCAUUGUUUUUAUUCUUUUGUAAAUACAAAUUUUGGCCUGAAUAAAAUUAAGGUUUUGGUUAAUAUUA